CAGCCCAUAGGCUGCAAGCUCAUGCUCCCGAAGCAUGAAAGCUUUUGGAGCGGCCUCUUCAGUGCUCAUUAGAUUUAAGCUUAAUCAUACCAGAGUUAGUUGAAAUCAGACCUUGGAAUAAAGCACAACGCGCACGCGCAUCAUUUUCCGCAAAUUACAUACAUCUUCUUCUUAUUGUUUGGGCACCUAAAUCCCACGAGCCACCAGAAGUGAAGGACGAGAAAAGCAGGCAAGGAUCUCCCACUACAAUCAGUGGUCCUUCGAGCCGGAUUUCAUCAUUGGAUUUUUUUUUAUUUUUCACCGAAAAAAAAUCACGGAGAUCAUCCCCCCAAUCCGCUUGCCCCAGCUUGCUCAAGAGGAAUUGCCAGCUAACAUGACUCCUCGUCGUCGUCCAUUAACGCGCAGCCAGCCCAGAGGAUCGGACUGUUUUCGCUGUCGGGUCUGCCGUGGAGUCCACGCUCUACGCAAAUGCCAGCGGUUCCUCACGCUAAGUGCCGAAAAGCGUUUACGGGCAGUGAUCAUCAAUAAGUACUGCCACAAUUGCCUGGCCCACCAACACUCAGGGAGCUCAUGCCGAAGCGGCGACACGUGCCGGGUUUGCGGGAAGAACCACCACACUCUCCUCCACCUAGAGGGAUCACAGCGGACUCCACGUCCCAAGGCUCGCUCGACUGUGCCGAAGGCAAGCUCGCCCACAGCGAGAUCGCGCUCCAGAUCCGCUGCUCCUCCAACGACGCUGACAUCGCUCCUUCAGUCCAGGAGCACUAGCGUCCUCCCAACAGCAGUGGUUGUGAUCGACACGGGUCUCAAGACGUUCGAAGUGGGCGCUCUAAUUGAUCCGUGCAGUCCAGUCAGCCGCAUCAACGCAUCCUUGGCAACGGCCUUCGGGCUUUCCGUCACUCGCGUUGGUGCGGAAGGUGCUUGCACCACCUUCAUCCUUUCUAAGGUGAAGAGCGAUGUCAGGCUAGAGGUGGUCCUGACGGUGGAGCCUCAGCUCCAAAUACGAACACCGACGAGACCCCUGGGAGACCACGUAAAGGAGCACUUCGCCAACAUGGACCUGGCGGAUGCUCAAUUCCAUCGGCCAUGUACCAUUUCCUUGGUACUCGGAGCCGACGUAUAUCCAAAGGUGAUUCUGCCAGGAGUGGUCCCAAGCACGGACGGCUUCCCAGUUGCGCAGAACACUGUGUUCGGGUGGACUCUCUCUGGCACUUGCAACACCGUGUGAACAGAGAAAGGCGGCCCUUCCC